CUCAUCAGCUGACGGUGCGCGUGACGCAGUGGGCAGUGUACUGACUUCCGAAAAAACACGAAUCAGAGUAAAAGUAUGUGAAUCAACGGGUGUUUUUAAGUGUUAGCGGUGGGAUUUCGGGAGAGAUGCCGUCCAAUAAGAGUGUCUCAGACGCCCCGAUCACACAGUUUGUGAACUGUAGGAUACUGAAAGACCACAGACUGCAAUGGGAAGACCUGUGGGUCCGCGAGGGCAAGAUUCUGAACCCAGAGAAGCUGUUUUUCGAUGAAGAGGGUUAUGCAGAUCACAAAGUUGACUGCGGGAAAAAAAUCAUUGCACCUGGAUUCAUAGACGUACAGAUAAAUGGUGGAUAUGGCAUCGACUUCUCCCAGGCCAGUGGUGACAUCAGAAGAGGUGUGGCUCAGGUGGCCAAAAAGAUUCUAGAACACGGGGUCACUUCCUUCUGCCCCACCCUGGUCACGUCUCCACCGGACAUAUACCAUAAGGUCAUUCCUGAGCUCAGAGUUCAGGACGGUGGGCCUGAAGGGGCAGGAGUUUUAGGUAUUCAUCUGGAGGGGCCGUUCAUCAGUGAACAGAAGAGAGGCGCUCACCCUCCUAAGUUCCUCCGCACUUUUAAAGCGGGGGGCGUGGCCGACCUGAUGGAGACUUAUGGGCACCUGGACAAUGUCGCCUUGGUGACCCUUGCACCAGAACUAGCCAAUAGCGCGGCUGCAAUCCGUGAGCUGUCAGGAAGAGGCAUAGUGGUGUCACUUGGUCACUCUAUGGCUGAUCUCUCUCAGGCUGAAGAGGCUGUGCAGAAUGGAGCCAUGUGCAUAACGCACUUAUUUAAUGCCAUGUUGCCUUUUCAUCACAGAGACCCAGGCAUUGUGGGAUUGCUUACAAGUGACCGUAUUCCACCAGGUCGGAUGGUUUACUACGGUAUGAUCGCAGACGGGAUACACACACACCCUGCAGCGCUGCGCAUCGCAUACAGAGCUCAUCCUGCUGGGUUGGUGCUGGUCACUGACGCUGUGACAGCGAUGGGUCUGCCUCCUGGUCAACACUCACUCGGACAGCAGCAGAUUGACAUCCAGGGCCUUCACGCUUACGUCGCAGGCACUACAAUUCUGAGUGGCAGUAUUGCGACCAUGGACAUGUGUGUGAGACACUUCAGAGAGGUGUCAGGCUGUACAGUAGAAGCUGCAUUAGAAGCUGCAUCACUGCAUCCUGCUCAGCUGCUGGGUAUCAGUCACAGGAAGGGAACUCUGGAGUUCGGCACUGAUGCAGAUUUCAUUGUGCUUGAUGACACACUGACAGUCAGGGAAACCUACAUUGCUGGACAGCAGGUCUGGAGGAAGUGACAUCAUCCGGAGGACUGUCUUCGGCUGGGAUCGCUAAGAGUUUUUUGGUUAGAAUUUUUUUUCUGUCUUCGGACUUGGAUCACUGAGACACAUCAGUGCUAAAACAUACAUGUUAUUCUGUCUCAUUACAUUUAAUUCUGUUGAUUGAUUCCUGAAUAUAAGAACUACUACAUAUAUUCAAACACUGUUAUGACACUCUUUAUGCUGAUGUACUGUAGCUGAAUGCAUCUUAGGGCAUUCAAAAAAAAAAGAGCCAGAAAUCAUUUUUAUUUCAUGGGUGUGUGUGGAUGUCGAACACAAAUCUAACUUGUUCAAAUGUGAAAAACAAAAGUAAAAAAAAAAACCUUAAGGGUCCAGUAUUUUAACCUACAUAAACCAGUGCUCCCAAUCUGAUGUGAAACUGGACAGUCACUGAUUUCAAUGAUGUUUAUAUUCUGUUCUUUUUAUUUGUAGACAUUUUUAAGGACACACAGUUUUCAGUAUUAUAUUUUCAGUAUAUUGAUAAAAAUGUAUUUUUGUGAGCGUGAAUGAGGAAGAUGCACAUGAUAGAUGCAUUAAAGAUAUCCAGCUUACACCGAU